GGCCUGUUGCAUUGCAUUCCCUUACGCCGCAAGCCAUAGAAAUGAGACGCGGUUUGGUUCCUUCCGCCAGACCGCCACGCAGCACGCCAUGUUUAAAAUGACGCGAGUCCACGCCAGCCGACGCGGUCAUGGUCUACGACGACUCUUCUACUCUGCGUUCGCGUGCUAACGCCGUCCACGACUCUCUAUGCGCGUCCCUGUGCUUCUGCUUCCUGGGUUCUUCCGGGCGGUUCUGAGUACUGCUGAUCCUUUAAGGCUCGAACACCACGCCCCCCGCCGGCCCCCACUCAAAAUCCGACUGUGAGUUGAGACUUAGAGAUGAUCCACCACCACCGGGCGAGCUUGCUGGUGCACCAGCACAGAAAGGGCGAGGCGGCGGCAGAGGAUGCGCUGCCGGCUGAAGAGUCAGGCGGCGGCAGGAUGAAGGAGCUCCGGGGCCGCUUGGCAGACUACGCCUGUCAACACCGAAAGCACGGGCACGAUGCGCUGCUCCGUAUGCUUGCCGGCUUCGCGCUCGUAUCCUGCCUCCUGCUGCUGCUUCCUGGCAGCCCCGUCUCCGCCACCAUGGACGAGCUGCUGCAGCUAGGGAGGAGGGCGCGGCACGACGACGGCGCACCGGCACCGCCGUGCGCCGACGUGGCCAACGACACCGUCUGCUGCGACCGCACCGCGCUCCGCACCGACGUCUGCGUCAUGCGCGGGCACGUCCGCACCCAGGCCGCCUCCAACUCGCUCUUCCUGCUCCUGCCUCCCAACUCGUCUCGACCGGCCACCGACGAGCACAUCCGCCCAUACACGCGCAAGUGGGAGUCCAGCAUCAUGAGCACCAUCGACGAGCUCCGCCUCCGCUCCGCGCCAGAGGGAGCGCCCAGCCGCUGCGACGUCCGCCACGACGUCCCCGCCGUCGUCUUCUCCACCGGCGGCUACACGGGCAACGUGUACCACGAGUUCAACGACGGCAUCAUCCCGCUCUACAUCACCGCGCGCCACUAUAACAAGAAGGUGGUCUUCGUCAUGCUCGAGUACCACGACUGGUGGAUGACCAAGUACGGCCACAUCGUUGAGCAGCUCUCCGACUACCCGCCCAUCGAUUUCACCAACGACCGCCGCACGCACUGCUUCCCCGAGGCCGUGGUUGGGCUUCGCAUCCACGACGAGCUUGCUAUCGACGCCGCGCGGAUGCCAGCCAACCAGACGAUCCAGGAUUUCCGUCUGAUGCUCGAUGACGCUCACCGUGGUCGCAUCCAGACGAUCAUCGAGGAGAAGAAGGAAGCUGCUGCUGCGAGGAGACAGGAACAUCGCGGAAGCAAGAGGAGCCGGCAGCGCAGCAAGACAGCCUUGGCUGAGAAGCCACGGCUCACGAUCAUCUCUCGGAACGGGUCGCGCGCGAUCGAGAACGAAGCCGAGCUGGUGCGCGCCGCUGCGGGCGCCGGGUUCCGCGUCGCCGUGCUCCAGCCACGCCAGGACACGGAGCUCGCCAGGAUGUACCGCGCCCUAAACGCCUCUGACGUCAUGGUGGGCGUGCACGGCGCGGCCAUGACGCACUUCCUGUUCAUGCGCCCGGGCUCGGUGUUCAUUCAGGUGGUGCCGCUUGGCACCGACUGGGCCGCCGAGACGUACUACGGCGAGCCCGCGCGGCGGCUGGGCCUACGCUACUUGCCGUACAAAAUCCUGCCGUCCGAGAGCUCGAUUUACAGGAAGUACGCCAACGACGACCCGGUGCUGACUGACCCGGAUACCGUGAACGCUAAGGGAUGGCAGGUAACCAAGCAGGUUUAUCUGGACGGCCAGAACGUGCGCCUGGACAUGGCACGGUUCCGCCGCCGGUUGCGCCAGGCGUAUGACCACUGGGCGCAGCGCCACCGUGCGGGAUUGGGCGUGGAACAGAGGAUAUACCACUGAAGCGUGGGUGUCACAUAGUGAUUUUUUUUUCAUUUUUUCACGGUGGAGGAUAUUUUCAAUUGGUUUUUUUCAUUUUUGUGACAGUGAAUAUUGUAAUUUUAAUACUCCUAGAACAUAUACAGAGGGUGAUCGGUGCUCCAUGCGGAGUUUGAUGAGUAACAUUUGUACAGGCCCCGUACAUAACAAGUUGUCAAAUAAACGUGAGAAAAAAGGACAGAGAGAAAUUUGGUUCAAUACA